GAGGAACAUAUCGUCUACUCACUCCGACCCGCACUGUUCUUCUAGAAUAUCACCGAACGCCUCGUCAACCUUCCUCAGGUGAGAUGGCGUACAAUCGCGGCUACAACCCGGAUGCCUUGCCUGCGCACGCUGAACCCGAGCAAGCUGCGCAAAUGUUGCACAACGGCGCACCAGCUCUGCCGCGACGAGAUCAUGCUGCCUCCAACCCGAACUACAACAAGCCCACGCCGCCUCCACCGUCGCAGCCGCAGAACCUGAGGCCUCAGCAGGAUUCCUAUGGCAGGCAGAGCACCCCUUCGGGAGGCUAUAGAGAUCCUCAACCACCCGGCGCAUAUGGCUCUUCCAACCCCGCACCACCUCCAAAUCAAGGAUACAACGACGGGAGGGGGAGCGCGCCGCGUCACGAUUCGUACAAUCAGCAAUCAAACCAGCGAUCGCAAUCUCCGCGUUACGGCAAUGGAGGACAGCAAGCUGGUUAUGGAGGACAAUCGCAGCAAUAUCAACAACAGGGGUAUGGACAAGCGCCUCCGCCACGAAGCAGUUCAACUGCGUAUGGUGUAGCGUCUCCCCCACCCGCGGCGAACUAUGGUCACGGACCACCACCGCAAGGCUAUCAUAAUCGACCGCCCAUUCCAGAGCACCAAAGGCCGCCAACAGUUGCUCCGCCGCGAGACGGGAACGAUCGAGAUGCAUUAUGGCCCUUGUUCCUGCAGGUGGACAGAAACAGAACUGGGCAGCUCUCAGAGGCCGAGCUGUCGCGGGCGUUGGUUAACGGGGACUACACUGCAUUCGACGGGCACACAGUGAAGAUGAUGAUUCGUAUGUUCGAUACGGACAGAAGUGGAUCCAUCAACUUUGACGAGUUUUGCGGCCUCUGGGGUUUCUUGGCUGCGUGGCGUAACCUUUUCGAUCGUUUCGAUGUGGAUCGAUCAGGCAACAUCUCCCUCCGCGAAUUUGAGGAUGCGUUGGUCGCCUUCGGGUACAGACUUUCUCCCCAAUUCGUGCAACUUCUCUUUAGCACUUUUGCUCGAACGCGAAGCAGAGGUAGAGGCGAUGAGCAAGAGAGGGAGAAGGUGCUGUCCUUUGACCUAUUCGUGCAAGCUUGCAUCAGUUUGAAGAGAAUGACCGACGUCUUCAAGAAGUACGAUUCUGAUCGAGACGGAUACAUCACGUUGAGCUUCGAGGAGUUCUUGACAGAAAUCUUGAAGCAGCGCUGAGAAUUCUAUCCGGGACGAAGAUCUGCACCCACCGGACAAGCUGGGUCAUGUCAAGCAGCUUGCUCUCUUAGAGGAAGCGAGAGAGAGGGAGAGAGAGAGCAAAUCAGGUUCGGGGAGAGUUCUGAGACCAGCCCGCUAUAUGGAGACCUGUGGAACAGUCAGGUAACAGAAGAGGACAGACGGGAUGUCAGAAGCCAGAUAUAGCCUGGUAUGGCUCUGCACAGAUUCGCAGCCUCCACAGUGGCCCGACGGCGCAUACCCUAGAAGUCGAAUUCCAGAACCAGAACAGAGGAACACAUGGUGGAAGUGAACACGGAGAGAGCAUGUUAUUGCGAGGAACGUUGAGCCAAGCACUAGUUACGGAGGACGUCUGAUGCGAUACCCAUGAGUUAUGCAGCAUUGUUUGAUACGACCAUUACGAAUUUGACAUGUA